AUGAACCGAAAGAAGCUGCAGAAGCUGACAGACACCUUAACUAAAAGUUGCAAACACUUUAAUAAAUAUGAAGUGAACUGUCUCAUAACACUUUUCUACAACUUGGUGGGAGAUGCGGCAGAAAGGUCAGGGGCAGUCGUUGGACUAGAUCGAAAUGCAUUUCGGAAUAUCCUGCAUGUGACAUUUAGAAUGACAGAUGACAUGAUUAUGGACAGAGUGUUUCGGGGUUUUGAUAGAGACAAUGAUGGCUGUGUAAAUGUAUCUGAAUGGGUACAAGGAUUAUCACUAUUUCUUCGAGGGACUUUAGAAGAAAAAAUGAAAUACUGCUUUGAAGUGUUUGAUCUGAAUGGCGAUGGCUUCAUUUCAAAGGAGGAGAUGUUCCACAUGCUGAAGAACAGCCUUCUCAAGCAGCCCUCUGAGGAGGACCCGGAUGAAGGGAUUAAAGAUUUGGUUGAAAUUACACUGAAAAAAAUGGACCAAGACCAUGAUGGGAAACUGUCCUAUACUGACUACGAGAAUGCUGUGAGAGAAGAGACUCUUCUGCUCGAAGCCUUUGGGCCAUGCCUACCUGAUCCAAAGAGCCAGAUGGAAUUUGAAGCCCAAGUAUUCAAAGAUCCACAUGAGUUCCAUGAUAUUUGA